AUGGAUCUGAGCUCUGUCAUCUCAAUUGGGGAGAGUUCCACUCCAGUAAGGAAACGACACGUCAAGAAUCGUCAUUCUCCGGAGGAGUGGGAACAGCAAAAGGAGCUAAUCGAGAGACUCUAUCUUGAUGAGGACAAGACAGUGGAGGAGACCAUGCGAUAUUUGAAGGAGAAGCAGGGCUUCGUAGCUGGGGAAAGAAAGCUCAAGACGCAGCUUAAAAAUUGGGGGUUCGACAAGAACAUCAGAUCCUCUGUCAUGCAGCUCAUGCUGGCAAAGGCAACGAAACGCAAAUUUGACGAGGACAAAGACACAAAGUUUAGAUACAAGGGACGAGAUAUCUUGCCGGAGAGACUUGAUCACUAUGCGAAAAGAAGUCACGUCAAAAAUGGCAAAAGAGUCUCCCCCUCUGCCUCGACACCAUCCGUGGUCAGCUACUGCACCAUGAGGAGCAAUAUUUCCUCCCUCUCUAGCGCAUUGCUUCGUGUAGCAAGCAUGAAUGGGUCAACUGCAAGCAUUGCUUCUACUGUUUCCGCAUUUCGGCACGGCAGUCUAGCUCUACGAAGGUCCCUCAGUGAUUUAUCAGGCCGUACAUUUUCUACGUUUAAGAGACGUAACAGUCACCAUUCUGACCGUCGCCCAAUGUCCUUAGCGGAUCUGGUUGAUCUCUCAUUUUCGUGUCCUUCUUACGAAAGGGCAGUCCUCACAACAGAACACCUAGCUGACCAAAUGAGCAAAAAAGUAAUUCACGGGUGUCAAUCGUGCCAGACUCAAGUCGCCAACACCGUGAGGGAGCCUUUCAACAAGCUCCGCUCCCACGGAGUCGACUUUCACGACGGGAGCGCCUGGGAAACCGCCAAAGAGUUCUUGCAAACAAUCUUGCCUUUGUGCCGUUCGUGUCGCAUCAUUUCCUGCACGUUCACCUUGUCAAUGCUAUAUGACGUCGCCAUGGAUCACUUUUUGAAGGAACGGUACCAAGAAUCGAUUCAUAUCCACGAAAAAAUCUUGCAAACCUGUACUGAAGAGAAUCUCUACGACUGCAGCUUUAUUAUGUUUAAUAGCAUUUACGCACUCGUUGACAUCUACGCCUACCAAGGGCUCCUUCACGAAAUAGAGCAGAAGCUGCUCCAAACCGUAACAGAGAACGAGGGCGUUGAGAGACUUAGUUGGUUCUGCAAUCGUCUCUUACUGGCUCGAAUCCUUACACUUCAGCAGCGUCCACAAGAUGCCCUCAGGGAGUACGGAUGUUUAUCGACGUCUUGCAUAGAGUAUUACGGACUGCAUUCUGCUUUUAUGCAUCUGAUUGUCCUUUCCUGCGCUGAAGCGUGCAAUGCGCUCCACGAUUAUAGGACCAGCACAGACCUCUAUCGAAGAUUGCUUGCGGAGGAGACUCGAACCGAUUAUGCCUUGAGAGAUCGAAUCCUUCGCGCUCUUAUUGGCCUAUCGGAUGCAUACCGCUAUGCAGGUUCCUAUCAAAACUGCAAGAAAUGUGCGUAUCAAGCCACUGAGCUCUUACAGUCUUUCGGAUCGGCCUGUCAGCUCUCUCACAGGCUCUUGUCCUACCUUGUGCGAUGCCAUUUUAAUUUGGCAAUUAGUUUUGACAACGAGGGUAACUCCCCUGAAGCUGAGUCCUACUUCGCACAAGUCAUUGCAGGAUGCGAGAAUUUGAACGAACAAAGGGUUUCGUCUGAUGCCGUGUCCGUCCUCAUAGCCCUGCAGCAUCAUUACUACGACAGACCUCGCAGAAUCGAUCGCCUGGACGCGAGAAUUGACAGCAAUCAUCUGGCACACUUAUCCGAUGCUAUGUCUAUACGACCCGCGACAUUGCAACGCCUUCUAGUCACGAUUCUGUGGGAGGCGGAAACCUUUUCCAGAUCACGCCAGUAUCAAAGAGCCGAAUAUCUCUUCAACCAAGCAAAAGGGUUACUAGACCCCAGCAACUUACACCUCCAAUGUUUCUUCACGAUUCAGAUUGCACAACAUCAUCACCGCAAGGGGGAAUGGAAGUGCUUUCUGCGUUGUUUGGAAAACGCAGUCAUGCUAUCCGAGCAGAUGUAUGGGCCGACCCAAGCCUGCACAGUUUUCUUCAAAGAACGGCUUGCAGCUUGCAGAGAAGAGCUGGAGAAGAGAGGGCUGUCUGCAGAUGCAAUGGCGCAGUCUCUGUCUCUGCUCACGUUUUCUUCGGUGGGUACGGGAAACACAGGUUCUAACGAGUCAGAUGAAUUGGAUUUUCUGGAAGAUGGCAUGGUCUGGGGUCAGCCGCCCUCAUCGCUGCUUAGAUUCUUGUAG